CUGCACCUGGACAGAAUGGACUCGGAGCCUGAAUUAAAGUCACCCCAUUUGGAUAGGAUUUCAUUUCUAGCUCAACCAAAGAACUCCAAGACGGUUUGGGCCACAACACCUUGGAUACUGACAUGGGGAAACCAGGAAUCGAUACGACCUCUGUCCCGCACAGCACUGACAGCCGUCCCCAGCCCCAGAAUAAAGGCUCUGGCCCAGCCUAAGAAAGACUUCUGCCUCCAGAUCCAGCUCAGGAAAGAGGAAGAGGAGGAGGAAGAGAGAAGGAUGAAGAUCUCCCGCCCUUCCUCUCACGCGGCGCAGUACGAGAACGUUGUCCGUCUGGCGACUCCCAAAACCCGAGGAAGAAGCGCCCAGGAAGUGAAUUCUCCUCACUCGUUGUUGUGCGAUCAUGACUGUCCGAUCUGGCACGCUAGUCCCAGUUUAAGGAACGUGGUCGUCUCCCCUCGACUCCUCCAGCUGGCCAACCCCAAAACCAACCACCCCAACUUCACCAGCAACAGACAGAAUGUGCAGACGUUCAUCUCAUGUGCGGCUCAAUCAGCCAAGAUGACAUCCAGACUCGAGCAGCUCUCACUGCCCAAACUGAGAAAGAACAGACACUUCUACGACCCUGGACUACCAGAGAGUCCAAUCCGAAUGGUGUCUAGAGGAGCAAGAAUCGCCACGGCGAGCGCCCGAAUCAAGCUUUAUCCACUCCUAAAGCGCUCUCUAAAGACUACAUCCCACCCAGAGAACCAACAUGGCGGCCCUGAGAAAACAAGACAGACCACAAAGCUGUGGAGUCAGCUGGACUCGGUCCAGAUCAGUCCGGUUUUCCUUCUCUUUCUAUCUUUUCCUGCUGCUUUCUCAAAGUCUUUCCCAUGA